AUGAGAAAAAAAGCUCGCAGACCAACUCCGCACGCGGACAACGCCGAGAUGAUCAGGGGUCGGACUACAAGACAUGAAGUUGAAGUGGAACAAUGGUCAGGGACACGUCGCAUGAUCAGGGAGACAAUCAGACGGGACAAAGGAAAGAUUUUGAAUGGCGGCCUGCAAGGAAGGCCACCCUCGCACCCCAACACCCCCCCCACCCCCACCAACCCCACACCUCACACAACAGCCAGAACACAUGCACCACCCUCUGACCACGCACAGAAUCCACCCCCCCCCCUCAAGAGCACACAGGCAAACCAGACCCCAAGACCCCCCCAAGGACCACUCCUACAGUCUCAGGGCUACACACGCCAGACAGCCCACAGGACACCAACCUCACUCUCAGGACAACUCCCUCCACCCAGACCACCCAAAGGCAGUCUCCCCACCCACACCCCCCUGUACUGCCACCAUAACCCAGACCAACCCCAGUCCACCCCCACAGCCCCCCUAGACCUCCCCACAGACCCCCCACCUCCACCUCCCACCCCAAGACCCCCAUCACUCCACUCCCCAGCACACGACACACCCCAUCCCCCAGAAUCCCUCAGACACCCCGACAGAGGAACACCACAGCCCCCAGCAGGACUCAACCCCCCCCACACCCGCCCAGCCCCCCCUACACCCCCCCCUUCAUGCACAACACCUCCCCUCCAGCAGACACCCCCCCACCACACUCCCAUCCUCCAGCAACCAGUCCCCACACACCCCCCCACCCCACUCCCACUAUGGACAGAGACCCAGACACCACCACCCCCUGACUCCCCACCAUUGCCCACACCCCCCCUUCUCCCAACUACCCCACCCACCCCCACCCCCCCAUACAUCAACACCCAGACCCCCAACAAACCCACACCUGCCAAGACAAGCCCAGACUACCCCCCACACAUCUCACCACCUCAGACCCAAGCUCAGCUCAGCCCACCACCCUGA